AAAGAAGGAAAGAAAAAAAAGAAGAAGAACUGUGUUGCAAUAUUAUGGAAGAACGAGGAACUCUUCGUACAAUUUCCAGUAGUUCUUCUUCUCCCGAGCCCUCCCCAUCCGCGCCUUCCUCUUACAUAUCGUCGGCGAGUUCCAGUGGCGAAGAAGCACGAAGCGAGCGAAAGCGAAGCGAAAACCCUAGCGCGAUGGAUCCGAAAGCGACGGCGAAGUCGAAGAGGAUCCACUCCCAACACGGUCGGAGGAACCACCCCACGCCCUCCUCGAUCGCGCAGCGGAAGAAGCCCUCGUCGUCGACCCCCGGAGCAGCGGAGGAGAAGCCCCGGAGACCCCGCGCCGCCCCUGCCCUUCCCUCGAAUUGGGAUCGGUACGACGCCGACGCCGACGCCGAGGACGGCGGCGGCGGCGGCGGCGGAGCCGAGGGUGCCGCGGUCGCGGAUAAGUCCAGCGAGGUCGCGCCGAAGAGCAAAGGGGCCGAUUUCGGCUACUUGAUCGAGGAAGCUCGGUCGCAGCCGCAGGAGAUUCGCGGUGUUGUUGGUCUAGGGUUCUCCUCGGAGGAGCUUCCUUUUGUUUCUCCAGAUUUAAUGCAGGGAAGGAGCUCUAUUCUUUCUGUCAAGGGAGAAGGACUUCUAUCUUGGUGUCAAGACGACAAUUUUAUUGUGGAUGAUGAUACCUCCUCGGGUUAUGAGGUCCCUUUCCUUUCCUUGGAUUUGCAUGCACUUGCUGCUCAACUUUCAAAACUCAAACUCUCACGGAGGCUCUUUAUUGAAGCAGAUUUAUUACCUGAAGAUCUGUUAACCGAUGGAUCAAAGGACUAUGAGAAACCUCCGCAAUCAGAAACGUCAAUAGCUAGUGAGAUUAAACAUGGCUUUUCUCAACCAGUAUUUCAGAGAAAUGCAGAGUCAGAAAAAGAUUUAUCUAGCAUGAACUAUGCUAACAAUCCUAACACUGAUAACGAGCCCAGUGGAAUUCCAUCAAAGGAGAAGUCUCAACUGCUGACCACUUCUGGUUCCACAGAAGCAAUUGGCUUGAUUUUGCCAAGUUCUGAAGAUAGAGUUCCAGAGAAAGAACAGAACCGACCAUCUGCUUUUGAGGCGGCAGCAGCAGAAGCAGAACUUGACAUGCUUCUCAAUUCAUUCAGCGAAACUAGUCUCUCUAGCUCUUUUGCAGAUAUACCAAUAGAAGAGACUUCAACUUCUUCGAGUAUGAAAGUUAACUCAUCGUAUGACAUGAUUCCACCAUCUACUCAUCAAAGAACUAGCAACUCGCGAUUGACGGCAAUGUCUUCUCUUGAUGAUGCCCUUGAUGGCUUGCUUGCGGAAACUUCCCUUUCUUCCACGAAUAUCCCCUCUCAUUCUUCUUUGGAGCCAAAUAUCAUCAAUGACUCGACAUCGAAUAAACCAAAAAAUGGAACAUCUCCUUUUGAUGAUUCACUUGAUGAUUUGCUUGCAGAAACUUCUUUAGGUCUUAAAGAUCAGAAGUAUACAGUCCCUUCUCAUGAUCAGGGAAAGGUGUCAUCUGUAAAUCAUUCUUCUAGUUCUCUACUCACUAGACCGGCGGACGACAUUGAUUCGUGGCUUGAUUCACUAUAGAAGCACUCAGCACAUCAUAUAAGUGGUUUCCAUGUUGUUAUUUCACAAAGACAUUCCUGCAGAAUUCUUGUUGAUUUAUUAGUCAAGCAUGAUGAAUCCGAACUUGUGGCGAGAUGAACUCAAGGACCUGAGGGAUGAACUAAUUCACAGGUGGAAAUGUAAUUUCAUGAUCUAACUCUCGAGUGUCCAUCUUUGGUAUCAUGAAACAGGGAAUGUUGUGCCUUUGCUCUUUGAAAGAAAGCUGUAUCAUUUGGUUGUUUGUAAGUUUGAAGCUCAUCUGAUGCAGCAGAGAAUUUAAGCUUGAGGUCCCAGAUCAUUUUCUACACCCCUCUGACAGUUGAGUCUUCAAAUCAUUAUCGUCGCCAUUGUCUGUAGAACCGUCGCCCCUCAGCACAAGUAAUGUCUCAUCGUUCUCACAGUAAUUGUCAUAAUUACUUUUAUCUUUCUGGUCCAAGUUAUCGACUGUUCUGACUCCUGUGGCAAAUGCAUCAAGACCUAACUUCUGUACCAGCCUAUUCCAGUUCUGAAUCUGACCAUCCUGUUGGACCGAAAACACGAAAGAGUGAUCCUGUAAUAUAAGCUGGUGAGAAAGCAUAUAAUUUUCAUUUGGAGCAGAAGAAAUUGUGUGUGAAUGGUCCGAGCGUGAGACCAUUUCAUACCUAAAUUAUAGAAAGCUCCCUUGCACUUUCUCGCUCGUUUUAAUUACUCUUCGGCAUAGAAAAUUAUAUCAAUUAUCACUAUAUCUUUUAUUAUUAUUUUAAUAGAUCGAGCUAUUUAGGAUAAUUAUCGAAUUCAGUAGAUAAAGUUAUCUAUAAAUAAUACAGUGGAAUGAUAUAAAUUAAAUAAAUCGCUCAAUAAACUAUCAUUUUUUAUAGUAUUAGCUAAAUAGAUCUACUCUAUCUAGGAUUCUAAAUAUUGUAUAUAUUCUUUGAGUUGUAAAUUAGAUAUAUAUUGAGAUGUGAAAUUAUGUGAUUUGUCAAGUUGUUUUAGUAAAAUUUAACAGUCUAAUUUGUCAAGUUUGAAAAUUUUUGAAUUUAUUUGAGAUGGUAGCAAAAUGUGGAAUGAUAAUUGAUGUAAUUUUUAC